GUAGCGGAGGCGCCGAUGGCGCGGGCCGGGCUGCGGCUGGCGCUCGGGCUGGGGCUGCUGGCGGGGCCGCCGUCGGGCCGCGCGGGGGCCCCGGAGGCGGCGGAGCCCGCGGCGCCCGGCACGGCGGCGCCGGCGCGGGGAGACCGCUGCCGCGGCUACUACGACGUGAUGGGCCAGUGGGACCCGCCCUUCAACUGCAGCUCCGGCGCCUACAGCUUCUGCUGCGGCACGUGCGGCUACCGCUUCUGCUGCCACGACGGCCCGCGGCGCCUGGACCAGAGCCGCUGCUCCAACUACGACACGCCCGCCUGGGUGCAGACCGGCCGGCCGCCCGCGCGCGCCCGCGACGCCGCCGCCGCGCACCGCGACCCGGGCCGCGAGCGCAGCCACACGGCGGUGUCCGCGGUCUGCGGCGUCGCGGCGCUGCUCGUGCUGGCGGGCGUGGCGCUGCGCCUGGGCCUGGAGCGGGCGCGCAGCCCCCGCGCGCGGCGCCCGGUGACCAGGACGCUGACGGAGCUUCUGAAGCAGCCAGGCCCCCAGGAGCCACUGCCCCCGCCUCUGGGGCCCCCUCUGGGCAGCUGUGUCCAAGUGCAGAUGGGCGAUGGCCUCCCCCGGGGCUCCCCCCAGGACAGCCGCUCAGACAACAGCCGCCAGGACCGCGCGCCCCUGGGGGCGGCCACGCCGGGCCCCCCGCGCGGCCCGCGGCCGCAGGGCAGCCUCACGCCGCGGCCGGACUUCGCCAAGUUCGCCGCCCGCCCGGCGGCCGCGCUCACGGCCUCAGAGGCCGCCCCGCAGGACUUCUACCCGCCCCGCCCGGCGCCCGCCCCGCUCACGCUGCCCGCGCGGCCCCCGCGGGCCCCGGAGGACUGGUCCGCGCUGCUCGACGCCUGCCCCUGGGCGCCGCCCGGCUACGCGCCCCCCGCCCGCCCCGGCCCGGGGGGCCCCUGCAAGGCCUGGACCACCGGCCGCCCGGCCCGGCCGAACCCCCGCGGCCCCCCCGGGGCUCAGGCCGCCCCCGCCCCCCGGCGGCCGGGCCACCCCCGGCGCGUGGAGAAGCUGCCCAAGGCCUUCCGCCCGCAGCCCCCCGGCCCGUACAGCUGCGCGGUCCGCGGACACCUGAGCACCAACAGCAAAGCGGAGGUCACCGUGUGAAGCCGGGGCUGCGGUUCUCCCGAAGCAUCCCCUCUACCAAGGAUCCGCCGUCAGCCUCGUGGGGGGCGGGGAGGGGUCACGGGGGCUAGGGUUGCCCCCCCCCCCAGUCCAGCCCUUCCUCCUGCCCAGACUGGACCGGGGCCCUGGAGCCUGCGGGGCUGAGAAGGGGCCUGUCGGGGGUCCUAGGCCCGGGUUCCUCAUGUAAAUAACCCUUUUCUGUGGCUCCUCCCUGAGAAUAAAGGAGCCCAGUAUGGCUCAGAUGGCAGGUACUGGUCAGACUGGACAGCCGGCAGUGCAGGCAGAGGGCACAGCAUAUGCAAGAGCAGAGGACUGUUCCCCAGAACUAUUGGGGGUCCGGGGCGUGUUCUGGGAGCUGGGAGAAGUGGCUGGAGGGCAUGGUAAGGGCUGAAUGUCAACACCAGCAGACCAUGGCAGAGGAGUUAGGCCCUAGCCAUCCUGAGGCUCCUGCAGAGGUGAGGGUUGGAGGGUCUAUGUCCCUUACUGCAGGUGGGCACCCCCUCCCACAGAUCGCCCACUUUACCGCCCGAGUUGGCCGAGCAGGCUGAUCUCCAUUGACAUCGCCUGGCGCUGGGCCGGCCCCUGCCUGCAGGCCACUUGGUCAGCUUGGCCCAGAGCCACCCCCCUAAUGGGCUUGGGCAGGCAGCCCGGUGGACAGCUGGUGCUCGGGGUGCAGUCUCCGCCCAGUAGCUGCUCUGGGGGGAAAGGGGAUGGUGAUGCUACACCCUGAGCCUUGGCAGUGCCCCCACAGGGGUGCUCACACCACACAUGCUUGGCACUGCCAGCUCUCUCCUUUCCUGCCAGGCAGGCUCCAGUACCUGGCUGUGGCCCAGGGCGGGGCCAGCAGCCUGCGUGUGUCAACUUUCUGUGACAGGUUCUACUGGGGAGGCUGAGGGUUGGGCCACCCAACAAAGCCACCCAGGUGGGCCUUUCCCUCUGUGUACCCUAGGCAUGGUAUCCCGUUUUAAUAAAAAUAGCCACCAUUU